CACCAUGCACACCAGACGCAACCCAGAAGAGGAGAGUUCUCGGACGACUAUGAAUUUAUCCACCAGCACAACACUGGCGGUUGAACGCCGUAUACGUGUCCACUCCAAAACUCCCCAGAUUUUUUCUUGGACCUUGCUUUCCGAUUCUACAAAUUGUGGCAAAACCCUUAACGCAAACAGAACCCGGGGAGAAGACUCACGGAGAAGAGAUUUGCAUCAUUGCAACGGACGAACGCUUCCUUCUCGGGCGACGAUCGGCUCAUCGCUCUCAGUCAACAAUGGCAGAUGGCCGUGAAACUGAUAGGAACAUCGAGAUAUGGAAGAUCAAGAAGCUGAUCAAGGCGCUGGAAGCUGCAAGAGGCAACGGCACCAGCAUGAUCUCUCUGAUUAUGCCUCCGCGAGAUCAAGUUUCUAGGGUUACAAAAAUGUUGGGCGACGAAUUCGGAACCGCUUCGAACAUCAAGAGUCGAGUGAAUCGCCAGUCUGUUCUCGGCGCCAUAACCUCUGCUCAGCAGAGGCUCAAGCUCUACAAUAGGGUUCCUCCCAAUGGCCUUGUGCUUUACACAGGCACAAUUGUGACCGAAGAUGGCAAAGACAAGAAGGUAACAAUUGAUUUCGAACCUUUCAGAGCCAUAAAUGCAUCUCUGUAUCUCUGUGACAACAAGUUCCAUACAGAAGCUUUAAACGAGCUCUUAGAAUCAGAUGACAAGUUUGGUUUCAUAGUGAUGGAUGGAAAUGGGACUCUUUUUGGGACGUUGAGUGGCAACACAAGGGAGAUGCUUCACAAAUUCUCGGUUGAUCUCCCAAAGAAGCAUGGAAGAGGAGGGCAGUCGGCUCUGCGAUUUGCCCGGCUUCGAAUGGAGAAGCGCCAUAACUAUGUCAGGAAGACGGCUGAGCUUGCCACACAGUUCUUCAUCAAUGCUGCCACCAGCCAGCCCAAUGUGGCAGGGCUAAUUCUGGCUGGAUCGGCCGAUUUCAAGACCGAACUGAGCCAGUCUGAUAUGUUUGAUCCCCGGCUUCAGGCCAAAAUCUUGAAUGUGGUUGAUGUUUCCUAUGGAGGCGAAAGUGGUUUCAACCAGGCCAUCGAGCUGUCCUCGGAGAUUCUAGCCAACGUGAAGUUCAUUCAGGAGAAGAAAUUGAUAGGCAAGUACUUUGAGGAGAUCAGUCAGGAUACAGGGAAGUAUGUUUUUGGAGUGGAUGACACCUUGAAAGCUCUUGAAAUGGGGGCUGUUGAUACUCUCAUUGUUUGGGAGAAUCUCGGCAUUACUAGAUAUGUCUUGAAGAAUAGCUCGACGGGCGAACUUGUUGUCAAACACCUGAACAAGGAGCAAGAGGCUGAUCAGAACAACUUCCGGGAUUCAGCCACCUCCACUGAACUGGAGUGGCAGGACAAGAUGUCGCUCCUUGAGUGGUUCGCUAAUGAGUACAGGCAAUUUGGCUGCACGUUGGAGUUUGUCACGAACAAAUCCCAGGAGGGGUCUCAGUUCUGCCGAGGAUUUGGUGGCAUUGGGGGAAUCCUCCGAUACCAGCUUGAUAUGCGAGCAUUCGAUGACCUUUCUGACGAUGGAGAAUACUACGAAGACACUGAAUAGCAAUCAAUGAGCCAUUCCCCUGAUCUGGUGCACGUAGACAGGGAAGAAGCCUGCCCGGAUGCUGUUUAUUUUUGUGCUUCUCUCUGCUGCCCCACCGAUGCAGCACCAGAAGUUCCUACUCCAAGCAUAUUCCUGAUUAAGGAAAUUGCAGUGCCCACCUGAUGAUUUGAGGCUGCGGGAUUAAUCUUCUGGAUCCAAGGUUCAAGUUGAUGAAGAUAACUACACAAAUGACCAGAAACUUCUUUCACCUACUUACCACUCCCAUUGUGGAAGUAUUACUGCUGCUCUUUGAAUAAGUUUUGUGUGCGCUUUUUGAGCCAAAUAUUACGUGCUUUUCCUGGGGCUCUUAUGCUGAGCAGCUUAUGUUAUGUCCUUCUAAGGCAUCGCACACACACACACACACAUAUAUAUAUGGUAUCCGUCUCACUCUAGCAGUGCUUAUAAUAUAUAUGAUAUAAUGGGUGUAUUAUUAUCUCUAUUUCACUCUAUCAGUGCUUAUGUUACGUGUUUGUAUUUUCUGAAAUGUAAACUCUUGUGCAUUUAAAACAUUCUGGUAUGAAUGAUAAAAGGGUUGUUUGGCAGGAAGAUGCCUAAUACA